CCCCUCCCCGCCCCCGGCCGUGGCGUAGCCGGGCUCGGUUUCCGUGAUAGCUGCGAGCGGGGCUAGCGCCGCGCUGGGCGUGUGCGGGAGCUCGGCGGGGGAAGCGAGCGCCAUGGAGGAGGCGGCUCGAACUCUCCGCCGUCCUUAUUAGAGCCGCCGCCCAGCUCAGCUGGAGUCAUGGACAAAGCCGACAAGGUGUGGGGGGCGGGCUCAGCGCUGAGCAGACCGUAAACAGCUGCGGCGGGAGGGGGCAGCGACGUUCCGGCGCCGCGAAUGUCAAGCUGUCAGCUGAAGUAGAACCAUUUAUUCCUCAGAAGAAGGGUCCAGAAACACUAAUGAUCCCAAUGGCGCUUCCUAAUGACAGUGGAGGAAUUAAUGGCAUGGAACCAACUCCUAUCCCUAGCUACCUGAUCACUUGCUAUCCAUUUGUACAGGAAAACCAAUCCAAUAGACAGUUUCCAUUAUACAACAAUGACAUCAGAUGGCAGCAACCCAACCCAAAUCCUGCAGGACCAUACCUUGCUUAUCCUAUAAUAUCUGCACAACCACCUGUUUCUACAGAAUAUACGUAUUAUCAGCUGAUGCCAGCCCCAUGUGCUCAGGUCAUGGGUUUCUAUCAUCCUUUCCCUGCCCCCUAUUCUGCACCCUUUCAAACAGCAAAUGCUGUAAAUACAGUUACUGCAGAAUGCACUGAGCGUCCCAACCCAUCGGGCCAGGUCUUUCCGUUAUCCAGUCAGCGGAGCAGAAGCAGUAACAGGGGACCAGUCAUACAAAAACAACAGCAGUUACAGACGCAUGUAAAAAAUAAACGUCCUCCAGUGAAAAAUGUCGCCACUCAAAAGGAGACUAGUUCAUCAGGUCCUGAGAACAGAUCAAAGAUUGUUUUGUUGGUUGAUGCAUCACAGCAAACAGACUUUCCUUCAGAUAUAGCUAAUAAGUCACUUUCUGAGAGUGCCUCUACAAUGCUUUGGAAAUCAAAAGGCAGGCGCAGAAGAGCUUCUCACCCUGCUGCAGAGUCCUCUAGUGAACAGGGUGCAAGCGAAGCAGACAUUGACAGUGACAGUGGCUAUUGUAGUCCUAAGCAUGGCAAUAACCAGGCUGCAGCCAUGACUUCAAGAAAUACAGAUUCUUGUGCAAUGAAUGUUGUAGAACCAUCAAUAAAUACAAGUGGCACUUCUCUUUCAGCUGGUGUAAGUUGGACUAAUGUAAAUUCCCAGGCAACUCAAAAAAAACCAUGGAUUGAGAAAACUCAGACAUUUUCAAGAGGUGGAAGACAAGCUGAGCAAAGAAAUAGCUCACAGUCCGGUUUCAGAUGCAGAGACCACAGCACAUCUUCAGAAAGAAGGCAGAAUUUGCAGAAACGACAUGAAAAACCUCUAACUGCAAGCCAGUCAUGUAGAACAGAGCAGAGUCCUGAACCUCUGUAUUUUGAGGAUGAAGAUGAAUUUCCAGAGCUAAACAGUGACAAUGGCAGCAGCAAAAGCAGUAACAUCCAGCAAAAGAUUUCACCCAAAGUAUUGGAUGACUUACCAGAGAAUUCUCCAAUCAAUAUAGUCCAAACUCCAAUUCCCAUUACAACCUCUGUACCAAAGCGUGCAAAAAGUCAGAAGAAGAAGGCCUUGGCAGCAGCACUUGCAACAGCUCAAGAGUAUUCAGAGAUAAGCAUGGAACAGAAAAAACUCCAAGAGGCUUUAUCAAAAGCAGCUGGAAAGAAGAGCAAGACCCCUGUUCAGUUAGAUUUGGGUGACAUGUUAGCAGCUCUUGAAAAGCAGCAGCAAGCAAUGAAAGCUCGUCAGAUCACCAAUACCAGGCCUCUCUCAUACACAGUUGGCAGUGCUGCUCCCUUUCAUACCAAAGAAUCUGCCAACAGAAAGUCCUUAACAAAGGGACAGCCAUCUAUGGGUUGCCUUAAUCCUUUGGAUUCAACUGCCCCAAAAGUGAAAAGAGGAAAAGAGAGAGAGAUUGCAAAAUUGAAACGCCCUACAGCACUUAAAAAGAUUAUUUUGAAAGAGAGAGAAGAGAAGAAAGGCCGUUUAUCAGCUGACCAUAGCCUUUUGGGAUCUGAUGAACAGAAAGAGGUUCAUAUAAACUUGACUGCUGACCAGUCUCAGGAGCUGGCCUCUCAAGAAGAAACUGGACUAAGUAUGCCUAGUGAUACUUCACUUUCGCCAGCAAGUCAGAAUUCUCCAUACUGCAUGACCCCAGUGUCACAAGGUUCACCGGCUAGUUCUGGAAUAGGCAGUCCAAUGGCAUCUUCUGCAAUAACCAAAAUUCACAGCAAGAGGUUCAGAGAAUACUGUAACCAAGUUCUAAGUAAAGAAAUAGAUGAGUGUGUGACUCUCUUAUUGCAAGAGCUUGUUAGCUUCCAGGAACGGAUUUAUCAAAAGGAUCCCAUGAGAGCUAAAGCAAGGAGAAGACUUGUUAUGGGGUUGCGUGAGGUUACCAAGCAUAUGAAGCUAAACAAGAUCAAGUGCGUAAUCAUAUCUCCCAACUGCGAAAAAAUCCAGUCAAAAGGUGGACUAGAUGAGGCUCUGUAUAACGUAAUAGCCAUGGCACGGGAACAAGAAAUUCCUUUUGUCUUUGCUCUUGGACGUAAAGCUCUUGGCCGUUGUGUGAACAAACUGGUUCCUGUUAGUGUUGUGGGUAUCUUCAACUACUCAGGUGCUGAGGACCUGUUUAAUAAGCUAGUAUCACUGACUGAAGAGGCCAGAAAAGCCUACAGAGAUAUGGUUGCUGCAAUGGAACAGGAACAGGCAGAAGAAGCCUUGAAGAAUGUCAAGAAGGCACCUCAUCAUAUGGGUCAUUCUCGCAACCCCUCUGCAGCAAGUGCUAUCUCAUUCUGUAGUGUUAUUUCUGAACCCAUAUCUGAAGUGAAUGAGAAAGAAUACGAAACAAACUGGAGAAAUAUGGUGGAGACAUCUGAUGGAUUAGAAACUUCUGAAAAUGAAAGAGAAUCCUCAUGUAAGACUGCAGUACCAGAAAAAGCUGGUAAUGGUCAAAUUGAGAAAGCUACACUUAAUAAACAACCACCUCUGGCUACAAUUGGCACUACCUCAGCAACAAAUCAUGGAAAAUCCACACCAGGUGACAAAGAUGAGGUGAAACCAGAUGACAAUCUGGAAUGGGCCUCACAGCAGAGUACAGAAACAGGAUCACUGGAUGGCAGCUGCCGAGAUCUUUUGAAUUCCUCCAUGACCAGUACCACCAGUACUCUCGUACCAGGAAUGCUAGAAGAGGAGGAGGAAGAGGAGGAGGAUGAUGAUGAUGAUUAUGCCCAUGAACCAAUUUCUGUAGAGGUUCAGCUUAACAGCAGAAUUGAAUCUUGGGUUUCAGAGACCCAGAGAACUAUGGAGACUCUUCAGCUUGGGAAGACCCUUAGUGGUGCUGAAGAAGACAAUGCAGAACAAAGUGAAGAGGAAGAAAUAGAGACUUCUGAGCAGGCUGAUCCAGUCACUGAUGGUGAGGAAUGGACAAAUGAUAAGCAUGCAAGUAACACUCAACAUAAACCCACCAUCUGCAGUUCUCUGAAUAAAGAACACACAGAUUCCAUCUAUAUGCCGUAAAAAUAAGCAGGAACUCAGGAACUCUUUAGAAAUUAUAUUAAAACUAACUGUUGUAAAGGUUGCAGCCAUUAUUAUGCUUCAUCUCAACAUUUUGCACUGUUAAACAUUUAAUAUGUGUAUUUAAUUCACAAUGAUAUUUUUGUAGCUGUCUGUUACUUGUUUGAUUUAAAAAUUAGCUUAGCUCUUAAUCAGUAUCUAUUUCCCAGAAUAGAAACUGUGUGGAAAAUUUGUCAGUAGGUAUUCAUUUGAUCCUUUGUAAAAGGAAACAUCUUGUAACUGACUAGCUUAAGCAAAAUUCUUUUAAGAUGUGACUGCUUAGCUCAUUUUCAAACAGAUAACCUACAUUAAGACUGACAAAUUACCAACACUUUACGUUGGUGUUACAGUGUUAUGCCAGACACGUCAGUGUAUUUGACCAUGAUUUUUCUAGUUCUAUCUAGAAGUAAAAGUAAAAUUUUGGUUCUCUUUAAAGAAAAGCUAGAAAACCCCAUUUGCAGUCUUAACGAAAAGUAAAUAGAAGAGAAAUCUAUGCGUGAUUCUUAUGCUAAGAUAGAUGCAGCUUUUUAGUUGGUCUCAGUGAAUGCAUUGUUAAAAAGCUGCUGAUAGUUGAGUUGGUUACAACUUCAAUUCCAGAAAAACUUUAAACCAGAGGACUACAAUUAAUGUUUUGUGGGUUUUUUUACAAGGUGGAAAUACUGCAUAAAAAAAUAGGAAAGAGAACAAAAAUUCCCCAUUCUCUCCACAGUUGCUGUCUGCCAAACCACACUAAGUGAAUCAUUAACCAUAAUCCCUGUCCAGGGCUUCUAGUAAACUGAUGACUUCCUCUUUCUCCUGUCACUUACCUCAGGAAUGCUGUUUUGCAUAUUGUAAUCUACAUAACAUUGCAAAAAAGCAAGAAUAAUCCUUUAACAGCAAGUGUGAAUGAUAUGGUGACUCAAUGUAUUGACAGUUUCGUACGCAUGCUUUCAUCCUGACUACCCUCGGGUUGAGUUCAGGAUGUAUCUUAACAGUUCUUAAUCAAAAUGUGAUCUCUUUUUGUCUGUUUUCACAGUUGUAGCAGCUUUAGGAGUUGACCUCUAAAGUAGAAAAGGAAGUAGUUAUUCCAGGAAAGGGGAGGUGCCCUGAGUAUGGGGAGGUAUUUCAGUCAUUCAGAGGUAAAAGAAACAAAAAUAAUGCCCUCCCUGAAACAUACAUAUUGCUAGAGAAUUGUUCCAUUCUGAAUAUUGAAGCAAAAUCUAUUAACCUAUGAUGAAUUCCUUUGAGACUGAAGAUGGAGUAUAUGUCUAAACCUUGCACGUAAGGAGUCUGGUUUCCACCUUUGUCUUAUAUUGGCAAGGGAUGUACCAAAACUGCCAGCAGCAGGAGCUUCGCUACGAGAGUAGCCAAAGAGUAACUCAUGUGCAUAACACUUUUAUAGCAAAUGUAUGUUUCUUUUAAUUCCACUUCAUUUUUCUUGAUCACUUGUAUCAAAAUGCAUAAAAAGCCUCUGGGUAGGCUGAAAACCACAAGAAAUGGACAGCUUGGGUAUUUAGUCCACACUUAUUAAUACGGGACCAACGCUUAUAGUACUAGUGACGCUGGCAUUUUAAGUUGCACUGGGAAAAUAAGACUCCAGGUUUAGAAUCAUCUGCUCCUGGUUUUUUGGAUGCUAAUGAGAAUAAUAGAAACUGUGUGUAUUCUGUAAAUAAUGCUUUGAUAGGUAUAGACAGAGCAAAUGCUGUGUAGAUAAGCAGUAUAGAGAGCUGCUAGGACAACUGGCUGUUCUGUCACGUCUUAGUUCCUUCAUGUAAUAUUCCUAGAUGUUAGAACAGGCGUUUUAUAGGAAAACAAAGACUAAGGAAUGAUGCCUUCUGAAUGUUAAACCUUUUACUGUACAUAUGGCAGAUUUCUACUGUCUGUAUGUUUUGAAAGAGUUUUUGCUUUAGGAAAUGAUAGGUGUUUGAACUGCUGACGAGCAAAACUUGCCCUUGGAUGUGUAAGCACAUGUCUCGACACCAGCUGAGAUCAGUGUAUACACUGAGGGCAAAACUUCACCGGAAUAACAAAAAAAAAAAAAGUGUUUGUAAUUUUUCCUUUUGCUUUUUCAGUGCCAGUGAUUCAAAUAACUUUUGAUCUUGAAGUAUUAACAUCAAAGGCGCAUCUUUUUAUAUGUCUUUUCUGAACUUGGACUGUCAUUUUAAAAUUUUCUGACAUUUAUAUCAAGGUCUUGUAAUAUUCAGCCCACUAUUUAACUGCAAUUUUGCUACAGGUUUAAUAGAGUUCUUGAAGGUGAUAUAGCACUUAUAAUAUCUCUCAAUUUGCCAGUAAAUAAGGAACUAGUCUCUUUUAAAAUGUGGCAGGUCACCCUUAGAGGAGCAAACUGAAGCCGAGUAAGGGAAACUGGUUUUAGUGCUUCCUUUUUUGAUAAGCUGGGAAUGAGCAAUAACUGUGAGAAUGAAAUUGUAAUUCCUUUGGGAGUGAUCCAUUUCAUUCUAAAAUUAGGGAAGUUCCUUGCCACUUGAGCACUUGAGGAGAGUAUCUCACUGUGGUAAUUUUGAUUCUAUUAUCACCAGAAUUUAAAAGGAAAGCAUAUGAAUGUUUUACAAUACCAUGUUGGUUUUUUUUUUUUUUAAAAAGUAGCUGAAUUUCUAUUUCGGUAUAAAAGUAUGCAGUUUACUAUACAGGUUGUUACUGUCCCCAAGAAAAGAUGUUUCUGUAGUUAUAGGUGUAUAGAUAUUUUUGUUGUGAAAAUGAUUAUUCAGAAAACAAAUCUACUUUUCUUAAGACAUUCUUUAUAGAAAUGAUUUCACUACUUAAUUUAUCUGGUAAAAUAAAAAAUAAUGUAUCUGUGGUAGGGGUAGGGAUCUUUUAAAACUGAUAGAGUGGCUAUGUACACAACCUAUUUAUAUAAAUACUUUAAGUAUCUCUGUCAAAAUAAUAAUAAAACAUGUAUUUCAAAUGUGUAGAAGGGAAAAAUUUGUAAGAACUUUUGUCCUUAGUUGGACCAAGUGAAAAUGUUUGAGUAAGGUGAGGGACCUGAUCCUGCCAGUACACGCUUAGGAGCAUUAGUUCCACUGGCUUGAAUCGGUGGCCUGUUUAUCUGCUGAAGUUGUGUGCAGGUAGUUGUAGGAUUGGAGUUAACGGUGACAGAAGGUAUUGACCUGUGUUUUAAAAACUUGUUAUAGAAAAUGUUCAGUAAUGCACUUGUUGGUGUUUUUCUGGUAAAGAUAAGAGGUGUCUUUAUGCUCAUUUGGGUGGGUGGGAGCUUACAUAAUGUGAUUCUGUCCAGUUCUUUAACACAAGCUUAAAUUUUAAUAAUGUUACUUUAAAUACGUAUGUAAAAAAGUAUUAUUGUUUGAAAAGCUGCUGUUUGCUGAAACUGUCAUUAAGUAUUUCCUGUGAAGUUGUGCCAACUAAUGAAACUAUUGAGUUGAUUUCAAUGUUAGCCAUUUAAAAAUGAGACAUGACGAUUUGUUAAUCAAACAAAAACCAGCAGAAGCAAGCCAUAGAAACAAGUCACGUGGGUUUUAUACCCACCUUGCCGCAUGCAAGAAAUGUGAGAAUGUCUGACCCAAAACUUCCACACCAAUGAAUGGUAACACUGAAAGUAGAAACCCAGUUGGCACAGCCCACCUUCAAAAUGUUCAUAAAUAGUUUGUAUCUUUUACUUUUAAAUAGAUUCUAAUAAGGAAAGCUGUUUAAUCUUUAAUGUCUUAAAAUUUAUAGUAAUAUUUAGGUUAAAGCAGUAGAAAAAUCAUUAUGAAAUACAAUAUGAAGGGGUUUGUUCUAUUCCUUUUUUGCAUAUGAAGGAUAAUUGUUCUGUCUACCGUACUUUUUGGAGUAAUAACAGCUUUUUUGCACUAUGUAAAUACUAGUGGGGAUUCUUCCAUAACUAAUAAAAAUGAUUGUAGAAAA